AUGACCAGAUAUGAUUUCACGCAAGCAGGUUUGGAACUGGGACCGGCAAUGAGACUCGCAAAAGAAGCCAAUGCCUUUAAAGCCACCACGCCGAAGCGGUCAUUCUCAUCGUACCACAGUUUGAGCGAGGAGCUGGAAAAAUACGGUAUUGAAUCCGAAGGCAUCGAUGCAAUUCCGUUAUUCAACCCACCAGCCUAUAAAAUUCAGGAUAACGAUAAGCAUUUCGAAGAAUGCAUCACAGAAAUUAGCAUAAGGUUAAGGGAUUAUGGUGAUUUGAAUCCAGACAGUUUGGAAGCCGUGCGUAAUGAAUACGUUGUUGCAAUACUCCACGCUGCACUCCAUAUUGUCAGGGAUGAUACAAAAAAAAAGUUUAGUAUGCGACCUCAACAGAAAAUUAUCGAUGAAGAAAGUUGUGGGUGUGUCGAUUACGCAAUUAAGGAUUCCGAGGCCCUUAUUUGCAUCACGGAGAAUAAACAACAUCAAAUUCCCCUGGGUUUUGCUCAGAACAUCAAACAGCUGGAAAGUUCGGUUGAAACUAACAAGAGAAAACGUAAGCGGGAUGAAGCAUUUGGCGAUGAUUUUGAUUACAUUUAUGGUAUUGUAACAACGGGACGAGAUUGGCACUUUCUACUAUAUAGUCCUGGCGAAAUUGCACGAAGUAAACCUGCCUGUACAAUCGAAUUUAACCAAGAAGCCUUGGAUAAGGACUCGGAAGAAUAUCAAGCUUUGCAUAAGAGUGUGAAAAGAGUUUUGGAAACGAUUGUUGGUUUGUUAAAGGAUCGGGCGUGUGUGGAAAAAUUGCCUUCAAGUAAACGAACCAGAGUAGAAGAAUAUCGCUCGAAAAGAUGA